UAAUAGGCAAAAGUUUGUUGCAGCACAACAUUACGUGUCAAGAAACGAAGGAGACAAUGCCAAUCUUAUGAAAUGAGUCAUCAACGUGGAACCUACGUGUAAUCGACAUCAUUAUCUAAAACUAUUACAUGCAGCUCUAUAUAUACAUACUCUUAUUUCUAGCUCUGUUCUAUCUAUGCAUUGCCAAUUAUACAUCAUCAUCUUCCAUUUCUGCUAUCGAAUCUGUUGUUGGUUUUGAAGCAUAUUAGCAAGGUGUCCCAAGUUCUAGCCUCUGUGGAAUUGUGUUUUGUAGAAUUGUAGCUGAAUCUAAACAUCAAGGAAAACCAAUCAUGAAAGAAAGAACGGGAAAUCCUCUGCAAUUGAAGUCCUUGAAUCACAUCUCACUUGUUUGCAGGUCGCUCGAGAAAUCCCUCGAUUUCUACCAGAAUGUUCUUGGCUUCUUUCCCGUUAGGAGGCCUGACUCCCUAGACUUCAAUGGUGCAUGGUUAUUCAACUAUGGCAUUGGCAUUCAUCUUCUCCAAGCUGAAGACCCUGAGACGCUGCCCAAGAUCAGCCACAUUAACCCCAAAGAUAACCACAUUUCUUUCCAGAAUGACAUAAAUCUGCAGUGUGAGAGCAUGAUCAGAGUGGAGAACAAGUUGAAGGAGAUGGGGAUCGAAUACGUGACGAGCAGCGUAGAGGAAGGAGGAAUCAACGUUGAUCAGCUGUUCUUCCACGACCCGGAUGGCACCAUGAUCGAGAUCUGUAACUGUGACAACCUCCCAGUGAUACCCCUAGUCGGAGAUCAAACUCUCAGGUCUUGCACACGUGUGAAAUGCAAUGUGCAGCAGCAGCAGCAAGAAGCAAUAGCACAGAUGAAGCCUCAACAGCAAACCAUGACCUGCAUGCGUUCUAAUGCUAUACACAUGAAGGAAGAUUAUCUUCCUUGUGCUUGAUUUAAUUAUGUGAGAAAGUUGAUGUGAUCCCCAUAUAUAUAUGUCACAAGCAAUGCAUGCUUAGAUAGAAGUAGUUAGCUAGUUAGUUACUACUUCUUGGCCUGUAAAUAACUCCCCGGUGAUUCUGAGAUGAAUAAGAGUACUAAACCAUAUAUGGAAACCACAAUACCAGCUUUCCCUAAACAUGCAUCAAAUGCAUGGUAGACUCGUAAAGUUGGUUCAUGGGAGAUUAUAUGCAAUUUGCAAAGAUAUAAGACAUAGUGCUCUUAGCAAUGUAUCAAGUUGAAUUGAACAAUGGGCUAGAAUAAGAGGAGAAGAGGACAAGACGCUCACUAUGGUUAUGCAACACCGAGCAAAAGUACGCCUUGUUCUUGGUGUUCCUCCAUUAGUCCCAGAGAAAUGUUUGGUCUUCUUCAAAAUUUGCAGGGUUUGAAGAUCAUUAGGCACUGGAGGUAAUAAUGAAAGUAAAAUAAGAGAAACUAAAUAG